AUGAGUACCCAUAAUGUUGAGUCUCUCCCUCAAUAUCCUGGCGAGGACACCAGGCCGACCAGCAAGAAGGAGCUGGCUGGUUGGUAUUGCUAUGGCUGGGCUGCUGAGGUUUUUGUAGUAUGUGCCAUGGGUUCCUUUCUUCCCAUCACAUUGGAACAAAUGGCUCGAGAUCGAGGUGUUCUACUAUCAGACAAGACAACGCCAUGCAGCGCGACCUGGAGUCCCUCUCUGCCACCAGACACACAUGGAUCAGAGUAUCUCCCUCAAAUGUCGGAUAGUGGCCAGUGUAUCAUCUACUUUCUCGGUGCUGAGAUUAACACAGCAAGCUUUGCUUUAUACACCUUUUCAUUGAGUGUCUUGGUCCAAGCAAUCCUGAUCAUUUCAAUGUCAGGUGCCGCUGACCAUGGAACUUAUCGCAAGAAACUUUUGGUCAUUUUUGCCCUCGUUGGUUCAAUUGCAACAAUGUUGUUCUUGACUAUUGUCCCCAAAUUAUACCUGCUAGGUGGACUCCUUGCAAUUAUUUCAAAUACUUGCUUUGGUGCGUCUUUCGUCCUUCUGAAUUCGUUCCUACCUGUUUUGGUUCGCCAUCAUCCAUCCUUGGUUAAGGGGAGAGAAGAGGCGACGCCUCCAAGUGAUGUUGCGACCGCCUCCAGUGAAGACAUUCUGUCUUCUUCGGCUGGUAACAUUGACCAAACACAACUGGAUGAAUCUACCCCACUACUGAGACCAGGAAGCAAAGCAUCAGAAGCAUCCACUGCGAAUACUUCUCUAGAACUCAAACUUUCCACCAGAAUCUCGUCCAAUGGCAUCGGCAUAGGUUAUAUCGGUGCGGUGAUUCUACAGGUGCUUUCCAUUUUGGUUGUUGUGGUCGUGCGCCCCCCAACGUUCUCAUUACGUUUUGUGCUUUUCUUGAUCGGACUAUGGUGGUUUAUGUUUACUAUCCCGGCCGCCUUGUGGCUGCGCACUCGGCCCGGCCCGCCUUUGUUAGGAAGUGACGGUAAACCGCUCCAUUCAUGGGUUGCAUACAUGGCUUACGCCUGGAAAUCGCUCGGCAAGACUGUGAUGCGGGCCCGACGUUUGAAAGAUAUCGCGAUCUUUCUUGCCGCAUGGUUUCUCCUAAGUGAUGGGAUUGCAACCGUCAGCGGUACUGCUGUACUAUUCGCAAAAACCCAACUGGACAUGAAGCCAGCAGCCCUGGGACUGAUCAAUGUGAUUGUCAUGCUUGCAGGGGUAUUUGGUGCAUUCUCUUGGAGCUACGUGUCGAAUUACUUCGAAUUACGAGCUUCACAGACCAUCAUUGCGUGUAUUAUCCUCUUUGAGCUCAUUCCGUUGUAUGGUCUUCUGGGAUUUAUUCCGGCUGUGCAACGUGCAGGACUUGGUCUUCACCAACCUUGGGAAAUGUAUCCUUUGGGAGCAGUUUAUGGCCUUGUUAUGGGCGGGCUGUCGUCAUACUGUCGAAGUUUCUUCGGAGAACUCAUUCCUCCCGGUUACGAAGCGGCCUUUUAUGCACUCUACGCAAUUACCGACAAAGGGUCCAGCAUUUUUGGACCAGCCAUUGUCGGUUCCAUCACCGAUCGAUAUGGAGAAAUUCGACCCGCUUUUGGGUUUCUGGCUAUCUUGAUUAUCGUGCCAUUGCCACUCAUGCUUUCAGUGAAUGUUGAUCGUGGGAAAAGAGAUGCUUUAGCGCUCGGGGCUGAAUUGGAUGGCAUCUCCGAGAGAUCAUCUGAUUAUGGGGCCAUUUCUGUUCAGACCUCCGAACCAACUCAAGAGUGA